CUUGGAUUUCCCGGACAACAAUAAGGCCUCAGAGAAUCGCGUUUAGCCUUAGGACUUGGGAUGCUGAUUUGAUGACAGACUCGUCCUUCUGCACAUCCGGACUUUCUGGACCUUCUCCGAUGUCUCGUCUCUGGAAGUCUGAUCGUACUGGGGGGCUUACCUACUCAAUUCUGUCUUAGUAUUGGCACUAACUCGGGUUCAAAAUUUCAUCCACACCUCUCCUCUUCUUUCCCUCCCACCCUGAAUGCUUUGCUCACCUGUCUUCCCUCCCUCCGAACCCUGUCCUCCUCGACUUCUCGCCUCUUUGCAUAAUAACCCGGGAUUAGACGCCUCGACAAGAUAGACACUCAUUUUGCGACAGUGGCGAGCUACCCUUUGUAGAUGGUGGACCUAAUCAACUCUCACAAUCGAUCGGAGUAUGGCUCCAACCAUAAUGUGGCUAGGAUACAGCCUCAGCUUUCCGGCCAACCACGGCCUUCCCUAUACCGGCGUCUCCUGCGAAAGUCGACUAAGCUCCUAAAUAUUCGACAACACGGACAACAGCUCAACACUGGCAUCGUGCCGCCUGGUCCUGUCGAGGCUCCCAUCGAGCACGUCGCAACAAGGAACAGAUUCAAGCCCCAGGGCUUCUUGACCCCUGGAAGGAGGGCCAAGAUACCCGCUAUAUUCUCCUUGGAUACCGGGGCAGGUGUCAGCACUAUGCGGCGAAGUAUCUAUGAGCAACUGCAUCUUCCGUUAGAAUCAUUCUCGGGCCAUCUACGGCCAGUCCAGAGCAGAUCGGACAAGAACACUAUCAAACCCUAUGGGAUAGUCCGACAGGUUUCGUGGCAUUUUGCUCAAAGAGCCAGGACCUACACUGCAGACUUUUACGUGAUUGACGAUGAUGAAUUCGAUGUCAUUAUCGGUCGGCCGGAAAUUGAAAAGUAUGCGCUUCUACAACCCAGUGCAGACAUCGGCCCUUUUGUCGUGCGGGACCUGUCCUGA